CCUCCUCAGUGUUCAGGCUUGGCUAUGGGCUGUCCUUGUCUGCUGCAUUUUCUGGGUUCCUCUUGGAUCCUUUGAGCAACAGGCUGUGCCUCGGGAGGAUCCUUUGUGCUCCUUUGUGACAGAGGAGAACCUUCCAGGCGGUUCUUGCGUGAGCUGCUGCUGUGAUGUCACGGGAACGCUGCCGCGUCCUCGCCGUGUUCCCGUUGCUGUGGGGCACGGAGCCCUCAGUGUCCAGAGCGGCUCUGGGCACCCGCUGGUUGCCGGAGGAUCCUCCUGCCCGAGGCAUUCUCAGCAGCCAGCCCAGCCCCUGACGGGUGUCCUUGUGUGCUUGCAGGGGUACAGUCUGCGACGUGUGCAGCGCAGCCAAAAUGAUCCAGCAAGCGGUUGCUGCAGUUUGCACUCUGUACUCUGUGGCUUAUUCGGGCUAUUUUUUAGCCCACUUGGCACGGCACCUCACGCGUGGAUCCCGAGCAGCUCCUCCUUCGGGAGCGCCGUGAGCGUGGGGGAGCCUGCCGAGAAAUACCUGGAACUGGAGCAGGUUGGCCAAGGGGCUUUUGGAACCGUUUAUAAAGGACUCGACAGGGCCACUGGAGGAGAGGUGGCCAUAAAGAAAAUGAGUCUCAGAGGGCAGAACGGGGAACGAGCUGUGAAUGAGAUCCUGGUCCUGAAGGACAAGAAGAACCCCAACAUUGUCAGCUCUUUGGACAGCUUCCUUGUUGAUGAAGAUCUCUGGCUGGUGAUGGAAUACAUGGAUGGAGGAACUUUGCAGGACAUUGUCAGACAGACACGCAUGGCUGAAGGAGAGAUGGCAGCUGUCAGUCGGGAGUGUCUGCAGGGCCUGGAUUUCCUCCACUCGAACCGGGUGAUCCACAGAGAUCUGAAGAGCUCCAACAUCCUUCUGGCAACGGACGGCUCUGUCAAGCUGGCUGAUUUUGGCCUCUGCGCUCAGCUGAGCCCCGAGCAGGAGCAGCGCAGCUCCAUGGUGGGCACUGCUCACUGGAUGGCCCCAGAGGUUGUGACCAGUUCUCCUUAUGGCCCCAAGGUGGACAUCUGGUCCUUGGGCAUUGUGACCAUCGAGAUGGUGGAAGGAGAACCUCCUUACUUCGAGCACACGGCGGCCAUGGCUCGCUGUCUGAUCCGGCAGAACGGGACCCCGCAGCUGCAGGAGCCCAGGCGCCCGUCGGCUCUGCUGCGGGACUUCCUGGAGUGCAGCCUGGAGGCGGACGAGGAGCGGCGCUGGUCUGCCCAGGAGCUGCUGCAGCACCCAUUUUUAUCAUCAGCCAAGCCUCUCUCCAGCCUGAGCCCUCUGAUCACCGCAGCAAAGCAAUUGAGGGAGCAGCGGAGGACCUGAAGCACCUGGGGACAGCUUUUUGUUACAGUAGUUAGAACAAGUGGAUAGUUACGGUAGUUAGCACUGCUAGUUAGUUAUGGUGGUUAGGACAGCCUGGUAGUUAUGGCAGUUUUUUGAAUAAAAACUCUGUUAAACCUCAAA